CUACUAGAGGGAGAGGGCGAGAGAGAUUAAGUGUGAGAGAAGGAGAGGCAGAAGUUGAGACAGGGAGCAGCUGAGGAGGAUCCCAGGGACCCAGCGCUGAUCUCACAGCUGAGCACUGACUGCAGAAAGGACACCGGAGCCGCAGCUUUGACAGCACUCUGAGUAGAAGAGGACCUCUUGGGAGACGUGUAGUAGAUCGUGGCAUCUGUGACAAAGAGACCUCUUGACCAGCUUUGGAGAGUUCUGUCAUCUGAGUCAACGGACAAAGCGACCGUGGUCCUAGGAGGCACAGUGUUGAAUUAAAGCACGAUCAGCACAGCAGCUCAGCCUGUAAGGAGAGCCUGUAGUCUAUUUGUGCUGACCACAAGCAGCGGAGCACAGCAUCAUGACAAGCCAUCGGACAGUGAAAUCCUACAAGAAAUCUUCUGUCCCAGGAGUAAAUAUUGCCCAAUUUGUGGAUAAGAUUCCAGAAGGAUGCAGUACACCUGACUUUGAGCGGAAACCUGUCACUCUCACAUUGCAGGAAGGUAAAAAUGCCAUUUUCAGAGCAGUGGUCAAAGGUGUUCCAACCCCUGAGGUGGAAUGGAGGCGUGCAAAAGGAGAAAUGGACAAUCCUGACAAAUAUGAAAUAUUCUUCAAUGAAGUUACAAAAGAAUACAUUCUGAAGAUAAAUAAACUCACUGCAGAUGACACUGAUGUGUACCGUUGCUUUGCUGUAAAUGAAUAUGGGGAAGCUACAUGCUCUGCUGGCCUCAGGAUCAUACAAGUUGGCUUUAAGAGGAAAGCACAACAUGUUCCUGCACAGUCUGCUGAUGAAUUGAAGAAGAAGCUUCAGGACCUCAGGAAGCUGCUGAGGAAGCGGGCCCCAGUACCAAAACAAAAAACAUUGGACAAAGAAGCAAUCUUUCAACUGUUGCUACAUGCAGAUAAGAGAGAUUAUGAGAAAAUCUGUAUUAAGUAUGGAAUUUCUGACUUCCGUGGCAUGCUGAGAAAGCUUCAGGAGAUGAGAAGGGAUGCAGAGAGUGAACAAGGAGAGUUAAUUCACAGUAUCAAAAAUAUGGAACAUAUCAAGAUCAACAAGGAUGGAACUGCUACAUUUAGCCUUGAGAUGGACCUGAAAAAUAGUAACAGCAAAAUUUAUCUGCUUAAGGAUGGUGAGAGGCUCAGAUAUGGAACAGGGGAUGAAUACAGAAAGCACUACCUGAGGCGGAUUGGAAAAAAGUAUAAUUUCAUUGUCAACGAUGUGCAGCCAGAAGAUGCAGGCUUAUAUCAAGUCAGAGUGGAGGAUGUACCUGUUUUCUCAACUGAACUGGAUGCUGAAUCCAUCCCUGUGAGAUUUCAGCAGCCUCUCUGUGAUGUGCAUUGUCCUGAGGAGGGAAAUGCUGUCUUUGAGUGUAUCCUACGCAGUCCUUGCUAUGAUGCUGUGUGGCUACAUAAAACCCACCCCCUUGAGGCAAGUGAGAAGCACCAGAUCUCCGUAACCCCAGACGGUCUGACCCAUCAGCUUGUUAUCAAGGAUGUUGAGGCCUCUGACAACGGAAUGUACACACUCGACACUGGACUCUGCUCCUCAAAUGCCUAUCUUCUUGUAGAGUAUCCCAAAGGAAAAAAGAGACAGGAUGAAGGAGGUGAAAAAGAGAAAUCUGGCUGGCGGAAAGAAAGAUUGACAGAUAAAGCUAAGAAACCUAAACACGGAGAACAUCUUAGUGAUAAAGAUCAUCUUAUGCAUGCUGGCAUGGAAAAAGAUAACUGGUACAGAAAUGGCCAAGAAGGCAGUCAAGGCUACUCUACUAAUGUUGAUGAAGAAGGACGUAUAUUUCUGGGAAAAGAGGGGCUACGCAAAACCUACAGAGAUGGAACAAUGGGGCCCGGGCAGUAUUCUGGAGCAGAGAGAGAUGGGGAAUCAAUGACAGAUGAUGAUAGUAACAUUAGACUAAAAAUUUUAGGAGGGAAGAAAGGUUUAAGGCCUGUACACAGCCAGGAUUCUAUGACAGGUAAAGCAAAUACUGAUGAUAGAGCAGGAGGAGCAGUUGAAUGGUGUUCUGUGGAUGGCAGAGAUGAGGGCAUGUCGGAUGCAGUUGAUGUUGACAUGGAUGAUGCAGAAGGUAUGGACUCUUGGCAUGACAAAAAUGAUAAAGUAGGUGAUAAUAGUUCUAGAGCUGGCUUUGGUGGUAUCAAGAGAUUAGGUGCUACUGAUGGAAGUUCUGUGUUAGAUGGACUUGAUCCUGAUUCCAGCAGAGUGGGAGACAAGCAUUCCCUGUAUGGCAAGGAUGAUAUGCUAGGUAGGACUAGAUCUGGUAAGAAUGCUGCAGGUACUGAGACUGCAGGAGGAAUAAGAUCCCCCUAUAGCAAGGAUGGUCUGCCUACUGUGGCUGGUGUGAAUGGAGUCGAUAUAAAAAGAGAAGGAGAAGUAGGGGCUCCGUAUGGCAAGGAUGGCUUAACAGUUGAUGCUGGUGGUCAUGUAGGUCAGGCAGGAAGAUCUGGCUUGCUGUAUGGCCCAGAUGGUCUCCCAGCUGGAGAUGGGGCUAGAAGUGGUGCAGGUGAUGGUUCUGCAGGAGAAAUGGGCGUACUCUAUGGUCCAGAUGGUCUGCCACUUGGGGCAGAUGUUGAUAAUGCUACUGCAGGUAAAAUGGGAGGGUUUUACGGUAAACAUGGACAAUCAGGUGAACCUGGGGCUGGAGCUGGAAAUUGGGGUAGAGCUGAUGGAGCCGGAAGACAAAUGGGAUCACCCUAUCAAAAGGAUGGUCUCCCAGAUGGAGCUGGGGCUGGUGGUGCUGGUGUAGGUGGUUUUGGAGGUGUUGGAUCUCCCUAUGGAAAGGAUAGUCACCUAGCUGGGGCUGGUGUUGGUGCAGCUGGUGCAGGAGGAAUUAGCUCUCCUUAUGGAAAAGAUGGCCUUCCAGUGGAAAUGGGACCUGGUGCCAGUGGUACAGGUGUGGAUGGCUUUGGUGGUGUAGGGUCUCCCUAUGGAAAGGAUGGUCUCCCAGCUGGGGUUGGUAUAGGUGGUGCAGGAGGAACUGGCUCUCCCUAUGGAAAAGAUGGCCUUCCAGUGGGAAUGGGAACUGGGGCUGGUGAUGGUGGGGCCGGUGUAGGUGGUCUUGGUGGUGCUGGAUCUCCCUAUGGAAAAGAUGGUCUCCCGGCUGGGGCUGGUGUUGGUGGUUCAGGUUUAGCUGGUGCAGGGGGAGUUGGUUCUCCCUAUGGAAAGGAUGGUCUUCCAGCUGGGGCUGGUGUUGGUGGUGCUGGUGUAGGCGGUUUUGGAGGUGCUGGAUCACCCUAUGGAAAGGAUGGCCUCCCAGCUGGAGCUGGGACUGGUGUUGGUGGAGCUGGUGCAGGUGGUUUGGGAGGUGUUGGUUCUCCCUAUGGAAAGGAUGGCCUUCCAGUGGGAAUGGGACCUGGGGCUGGUGGUGCUGGUGCAGGUGGUGUUGGUUCUCCCUAUGGAAAGGAUGGUCUCCCAGCUGGAGUGGGUGGUGCUGGUGGAGGUAGUGCAGCAGGUAUUGGUUCUCCCUAUGGAAAGGAUGGCCUUCCAGCUGGGACUGGUGCUGGUGGUGCUGGUGCAGGUGGUUUAGGAGGUGUUGGGUCUCCCUAUGGAAAGGAAGGUCUCCCUGCUGGAGCUGGGGCUGGCACUGGUGGUGCUGGUGCAGCUGGUCUGGGAGGUGUUGGGUCUCCCUAUGGAAAGGAUGGUCUCCCUGCUGGAGCUGGGGCUGGCGCUGGUGGUGCUGGUGCAGGUGGCUUGGGAGAUGUUGGAUCUCCCUAUGGAAAGGAUGGUCUCCCUGCUGGAGCUGGCGCUGGUGGUGCUGGUGCAGGUGGCUUGGGAGGUGUUGGGUCUCCCUAUGGAAAGGAUGGUCUCCCAUCUGGGGCUGACGCUGGUGGUGCUGGUGCAGAUGGUUUGGGAGGUGUUGGAUCUCCCUAUGGAAAGGAUGGUCUCCCUGCUGGAGUGGGUGGUGCUGGUGCAGGUGGUGCAGCAGGCAUUGGUUCUCCCUAUGGAAAGGAUGGUCUCCCAGCUGGGACUGGUGUUGGUGGUGCUGGUGCAGGUGGUUUGGGAGGUGUUGGAUCUCCAUAUGGAAAAGAUGGCCUUCCAGUGGGAAUGGGAACUGGGGCUGGUGUUGGUGGUGCUGGUGGAGGUGGUUUUGGUGGUGCUGGAUCUCCCUAUGGAAAGGAUGGUCUCCCGGCUGGGGCUGGUGUUGGUGGUUCAGGUUUAGCUGGUCAGGAUGCUGGGCUGAGCAGUGUUCAAGGAUAUGGAGGUGGAGCAGGAGGAGCGGGCUUAUCCUCAGAAGGUAGGGGUGUUGGUGGCUCUGCCAUACAAGGUGCUGGGUCUGCAUAUGGAAAGGAUGGGGGGUCAGCUGGAGCCAGGGCUGGAGCCGGUGGUGUUGGCAGGUUGGGAGGUGCUGGGAGGGACUUGCAUUCAGCCUGGGGUACAGAAGGUAUGGCAGGAGCUGUUGGAAUGGGUGGGGAAUACGGGCCUGAUUCACGUCCUGGCAAAUCUGCACGAGGUGAAGCUGGAAAGAGAACUGCUGCUGAUUUCAGAGGACCAGGCCACAGAGGCUCAUCCCAGGACAAAGAAUCAGGUCAAAGGGAUAGUAGGGGUGAGGACAGAGAUUUAGGACAGUUAGGUUCCCGUUAUGGCACAGAUUUGGCUGUUGGAGGGGCAGGGGGCAAAUCUCAUAACAGAAUGGGUGAUGGGAGGAAGCCAGGUGUUUUCGGUCAAGGUUCACCAGGUUAUGAUCAGACAUCAGAUCUUUAUGGUGGACCCUCCUCAAUAAACCAGAGAAAACAGCUACCCAGCCUGGAUAUUAAAACAAAUGAUUUCUUGAAGAAUACGGAAAGUACAGAGAAAAGAAGACAUUAUCGCCUAGAUGAUCUGAGAGCACCACGCUGUCAUGUCAACAAGCAGCUAAUUGAUGUCCGAGUCCAGAAAGGGGAGCCAGCUGAGCUGUCUUGUGCUGUCAAUAAAGAAGAUGUGACAGGAACCUGGUUUAAAGAUGGAUUAAAGUUAACAAGCAUGGAUGGUGUCUUAUUUGAAAAGCAAGGUCUAGUCCACAAACUAAUUUUUAGCAAAGUGGAAGAUAUUCAUGCUGGGAAAUACAGGUUUGAAGCUGGAGAUAUAAAAACUGAAGCUUCAAUUUUUGUUGAAGAUCCUCCACAGGUUGACAAAGUUCUCCUGAAAAACUUAACAAGUGUUCCUACUGUGGCCAAGGCAGGGGAGAAAAUACAGAUCAAGAUCCCUUUUGAAGGCCGGCUGCCAGUCAGAGCAACAUGGCUAAAGGACAAAAUGGAGCUAGCAGAUGACUCAAGGAUUCGUGUUGAUAAAACAGACACCUAUACUAUGCUGUCCAUCUCCAACACUGAGAGAAAGGACCGUGGGGAUUACAAAGUCAGGCUGAAGAACGACAGUGGCAUCUUAGAUAUCGACCUAAAGGUUGAGGUAACAGACAAGCCACAGCCACCUGCAGGACCCAUGAAAAUUGUAGAAAGCUCGGCAAAUGAAAUCACGAUUCAGUGGAAAUCCCCAAAGGAUGAUGGGGGCAAACCAGUGCAAAGCUAUAUCGUUGAGAGGCAGGAGGUAGGCAAGAGCGACUGGGUGGCUCUUGGGGAAACCCCCAGGAGCUGUACUACUUUCACUACCAACAAAGUAGAACGAGACAUGAGCUACUACUUCAGGGUGAGGGCUGUGAAUGCAGAGGGAACCAGCGAUGCACUGGAAUCAGAGGAAGUAAAGGCUGCCAGUAAAGCUACACCUGGUGCCCCAGACCCCCCUGAGAUCAUCAGUGUCAGCAAAGACACCAUCACAAUAUCCUGGAAAACACCUCGUAGAACUGGCAGCUCCCGAAUCGUGGGAUACAUCGUUCAAAAACGCAAGAAGGGUACCAUGACCUGGGUGCCAGUCAACAGUGUGCCCAUAGCAGAUAAGAAACUGAAAAUGACCGAUCUCAAGAAGGGUCUGCAGUAUGAGUUUUGUGUGGCAGCUGUCAAUGCUUCUGGUGUAGGAGAUAUCAGUGCACCGUCACAGCCCGUCUUUGCUCGAGAUUCCACGAAACCUCCAGGUCAAGUGAGGGACCUGGCGGUGACCAGCAGUGACAGCACUAGUGUCACCCUAACAUGGAAGAGACCCGAAGCAAAAGAUGGGAAUGAUGUGAAAGGCUAUGACGUGGAGAUACGGUCUUCUAACAACCUCGACUGGACCAAAUGCAAUGUUCUUCCUAUAGAGACGACCACUUACACAGUUAAAGGCCUGCAAAACAGGGAGCUGUACUUCUUACGUGUGAGAGCCCUCAAUGACUGUGGCCCAGGAGAAGCUGCAGAGCUUGAAGCUUUCAUUGAAGCUGAUUCCAGUGUUGUUUCUCCCAGGUUCUUAAUAGAUGACACAGUGAAAAAUUUCCUGAUUAUCAAAGCAGGAAAUACUAUCCGAGUGGAUAUUCCUUUUGAGGCGUCUCCAGAUCCGGAGGUGACCUGGUUAAAGGAUGGGCUUCUCCUUUCAAACCGGGCUACAAUAAGCACCAAAGAUGGUACCUCCCAGCUGCUGAUUAAAGCAGCUGAGUUGACUGACAGCGGCACCUACACCAUUGAACUCAAGAACGGGUCAGGGAAAAGAGAAACAUUCAGCUUCCAAGUUCAAGUUACGGAUAUCCCACAAAACCCUGGACCUAUUCUACUGCAAGAGAAUGUGCCAAAUGCAGUGACAGUAAUCUGGGAGCCAUCAGCAUCUGAGAAAUGGGAAAGAAAUCUCUACUAUACAGUUCUGAAACGUGAAUCACAGAAAGGCGUGUGGCACGUGGUGGGUGACCUGAUCUACACCAACAAAUUCACAUACACUACAGUGAUCCCAGGCCGGGACUACUACUUCAGGGUUGUGGCAAAAAAUGAGUUGGGAUCCAGUGGUCCAUCUGAAACUGUGCAGCCUUGGAGAAUUAAAAAAACAAAGGCUGAAGUUCAUGUCAGACCACAGAAAUACAGAGGAGUUAAUCAAAACCAGCCCCCGAGAUUCCUCGUCCCGUUGAAGCCUCAUGUGGUGACUACUGGGAGUGAGUGCCGUAUGAGCUGUGCUGUUGCAGGCCACCCACCUCCAAAGAUCACUUGGUAUAAGGACAGUAGAGACCUCUCCAGUGAUCCUGCCUAUUUUGGCACAAAUGACUUUGGUGUCUGCUCCCUGGUGAUCCAAGGGGUCUCAAAAGCUGAUGAAGGAGAAUACAUGGUUGAAGCCGCCAAUGAAUUGGGCCGUGUGUACAGCCGAGCCUUCCUCGCUAUUAAAGACUCCUCCCUGUAGCACGAACUUCCUGAAAACUCCUCUGCACUCCUAUGUGAAUGAGAAGGUUUUCACUGAGAACUGGCUUUGUACAAAGGCCACAUAUUUAUUUUCAGAUGUCCAUUGUAGUCUGAGUGUUUUCCAGCUCCAAUAGUUGCAUUUUGAACAUGAUGCUGCAUUGUAGUCAAAAUGGGGGGAAAAAAAAGCUUUAAGAGAAUUGUAUCUUUUGAUAAUGAUCACGGCUUUCCACUAUGACCCUUAAAACACAGAUGAGAAGCUUCAGGAACACAGAAGAUGAGAGGAAACAUAAUUGGCCAAAAUGAAAUUUUGGAUGGAAAACACAGAUGUGAGUGACCAUUCUGCCACGGCACUCACCUGCUGUCAGGCUGCUGCAAGAACAUUUCAUGAGACCAGAUCUCUGUGAAGCUGGCCUUUUGGCCUGUGGCUUUCUACUACAGAGCACUCAUUUUGGAUUUCACCUAACUCUCAGCAGGUUUCCUACUUCUGGUAGAAGCAGUUCUGCAUGUAUCCUACUACCAGUCGCAGCUAUGUAUAGUAUUUCCCUUAACCUCUGAGUUGAAGAGUAUCUGUCUAGUAGCUUUAUCUAGGCAAGAGAAAUUCUCAGAUGAGGCUAACACAAAGUAGUGCUCCUGGCAGUGAAAAUGCGCUGAUGAGAAUGAAUGGAAAUCUAGAACCAGUUAUAUUUGAGCAGAUCAAUGCUGCACUCAAAGCUAUUGUAGCAAGUGCCAUAAAAAAAAGGCUGCAGCAGUGCUGAACUACCGCGUUAGUGUCACCUUUGAAAUGUAGCUGCCCCCUCAAUGUUCUUUUUGUUUAUAUUUUGUACAAUGUUGCACAGACAUAACAACCAUGAAAUUAAACUAUAGUUCAGUAAAAUCUA